CUUGCAUCUCUUUCUUUUUGACUGCCCAUGAAUUCUUCAUCUCAUGCAUCAACACAAUUGCGGGCACGGGCCAUGAACCCACUGACAGUGCCAGAGCUUCGUCUAGCUGUAGGUCGCUAUCUAGCGACCCGCGAUAUCCUUGUCUGCAUUCUGGUCUGUCGUGAAUGGUAUCAUGACUUCAAGUCAAUGCUUUAUCACUCUAUCCGCCUUGAUGAACCAACCAUCCGUCUCCUUCCACAAGCUGUCCUUCGUCAACAUGCUCACCUUAUUCAGCAUUUGAUUCUUAUGGAACCAAUGCGACUAACCCUGUCGACUCUCGAAUCCUGGGUCACGCCCUUUAACAAUAGCCUCAUCUCUACUAUUGCAGCCACUGACUCGCUUCCACCACCGCCGCCAUCUGGUUAUUGUUGCAACCUACUCUCGCUCGAAAUCCUUCCUUCUAUCCUAUUUCGCAAACAUGUCUAUGAACAGGUGCCCAGACAUAGGAUAUGGACUGUAGGGACGGAUCAGUACGACAUUUUAAAGGACGACUUUUGGUGCCUACAGUCUAUAGAUGCUUGUAUUCGUUUAAUACAAAAGAAUCCAAAUCUGCACACCCUAACUGAAAAUUGGGAUGAUAUGUCAUCAUAUCAUCGGAUUCGUUUUACAGACCGGCUCUGUCAGCUCGACAAUCGGCUUGUCAGGUUGCAUUUGAGCAAGUGGGAAGUCACUCCUGACAAACUGAACAUGCUAAUCGAACAUUCACCCAAAUUAGAGCUGAUUCGGUUCUCAAAGCUGGUCCUCAAAAAGAGCACAGGUGUUGGUGUAGGCUUGCAUGCUGCGGAAGUCCAGUCCACGGCGGAAAGCCAAGACAUUUCUACUGCUUCAACAACAAUAAUGGAUACUUCAACAGCGUCAAUACUGAACCUCCGGCAGCUCAAAGUGUUUGCAAUAUCGCAUGGUACAUUUCAAUUAAAUGACUUACUGAUUAACGCACCCGAACUAUAUGCUCUCAGCAUCUCAUUCAGUCAAGCCAAUUAUUCUCAAUCCACUGUCUCCAGUACCUACUUUCCUAUAUCUCCAUCGUCUUUCACCCCUUCCUUUGGCUCCUAUGGUCAUCAACAGCAGCAUCCUUAUCAACACCACUCGCAACUCCCUCCUUCUUAUCCACCUAGAGUCAACUGGGAUGCUCCAAAAUUGAGAAUGUUAAUCUGCAACCGGACAGAAGCAAAUGUAGCAACAUCAACGCUCUUGAACACCCCUCAACAUCUCCGGACUAUUUCUUUCGCCAAUUAUGAGAUUGAAUCCAAAUUGGUCUCACAGAUCGUGGCUGCGCAAGGCCUACAAUUGGAGAGUAUUCGCCUAGCGUGCUUUUCCGGAAUUACAGGCCGAGAUAUUCGAUUGAUUUUGACGCGAUGCCCUAACCUGGUCAGCCUUUAUGCACCUGAGAUCAUGAUGUAUGCAGGCGACCUUGCACCUGCGACUAUUGAAAAACCGACUUUAUCAACCUCAAUAUCGUCACUACCAUUAUCCUAUUCAAAAAGUACAACUACAGGCGUCGGAAAUAUUGAAGACUGGGCUUGUCAAAAACUAGAGCGGCUUUCUGUUUAUAUUUGUUUAGAACCAAAUAUGGGUGAUGACGGACAAUACGAUGAUCCUUAUCAGUUCUGUAUUGGUCAUAAGGAGGACACACCAUGCUCUUCCGCACAGGCAUUUUCAUCUUAUGACGCUGCAGACAAUUUCAACAUCAAGGAAAUGGAUAAAGGGAUAGCGCAGCAGCAAAAACAUCCGCAUCAUCCACAAGAGCCACGACACCCACUGGUAUAUAGGCAGAAAGCGUACCGGACAUCAUCAACAGCAAACAAGCUAUCCUAUCAGUAUUGCCAUUGCCGCCAAAAUUAUAACGUUGAUGUACGGAAUGCGUUCUUGGAUCAGCUCUCAAAACUAACUCGACUCCAAUAUUUAGAUUUGAGUGGUGAACAUGUUGAGCAGGUAGACCAUGUCCAAAUCGGUCUUCCUUGGACUUUAGACGGCGGUAUGGAAGGUCGGCUGGAAACGCUUCAAAAUUUGGAGCAUAUUGCCGUAACGGGAUGGGUUGAAGAUAUGGAAAUCCGCGAGAUUGCAUGGAUGAAACGAUCAUGGGCCAAAUUGAGAAAAAUUUCGUUACUCCAGGCUAAUGGUACCAUGGAUAAGGGUCGGUUCAAAGCCCUGUUAGCACGAGAGUGGCCUGAACUUGUUGUGCAGGAUAAAAAUCGGAUGAAUAUACAGCAUCCUCCGCUUUUGAUAUAUCAAUAAAUAACAAUGGUAAUAAUAAGGACACCAGUCUUAUAGAACUAGCAUUGUAGACUUCCCAGAGCCUGUAAAUUUGCUUUUUGUCCCG